AUGUCGUCCAUGCGAAAUGCCGUCCAGAGACGGCAACAUCGUGAGAGAGGUCAACUUCAAGGCCGAGAGAAAUGGGGUAUUCUCGAAAAGCACAAGGACUACUCCCUCCGUGCCAAAGACUACAAUGCCAAAAAAGCCAAGCUUAAGCGCCUCGAAGAGAAGGCUCGCGACCGCAACCCGGAUGAAUUCGCCUUUGGGAUGAUGACCGACCAGGCGCGGGCCCAGGGCAAACACGGACGAGCAUCGCGUGAUUCAGCUGCUGCUCGAGGACUCAGCAAUGAAGCGAUCAAGUUGCUUAAGACGCAGGAUGCUGGGUACCUCCGGACAGUUGGAGAGCGGGUACGGAGAGAGAUGGAGCGGGUGGAGCAGGAGGUGCGGCUGCAGGAUGGAAUGCAGAAGGUUCUUGGGAUUGAGAAGGAGGAUAAGAAGGAAGAUCAGUCUGAGGAUGAUGACGAUUUCGAUUUCGAUUUCGACUUGGAUGAGGAGGAUCAGAACAAGAAAUCGCGCAAGUUGGUUUUCGCGGAUGAUCGUCAAGAGCUGAGAGCUAUGAAGAAGCGGCGGAUUCAGGAUGAAGAGGAGGAGGAUGAUGAUGAGGACGACGACUCGUUUGGAAAGAAGCUCAACCAGAAGAAAACGCCUAAACAGCUCGCGGCUGAGCGACAAGCACUGGUUGAAGCCCGUCGGACACGCAAGAUGAAAAAGAGGGCCACAGAAGCGAGAGAAAACAAGUUGAAGAGUCUCAAAAAGCAGCAUGCCGAUAUCACCGCCGCAGAGAGGGAGUUGGAUUGGCAGCGGGGGAAGAUGGAGCACUCAGUGGGAGGAACUAACAAGAACGGCAUCAAGUGGAAGAUCAGAGAGCGCAAGAGGUGA